AUGGCCGAGGUGGAUUUCAACAUCCAGCGCCUGAAUUCGCAGGCCCUCCUCGCCCAUUGGCGCGUUCUUGUUGGUCUCCUAAAACAUCUACAAAGGGAUCGACAAGUACAAUUCCUCAACUUGGAUAAUCAAAGUACCUCUACACCCCCGGUUAUGGCUGGGAAUGUACCUCCAAGGAGUGAACCGGCUCAUGCUGGUCCCAACAUACAAAACAUGUCUGUUCAGGAGUACUUAUUAGCUACUGGACAGACAAACUUCUCGUUGGCCAGGGGGAACAGAGACACGUCUCAAGAACUGGUGCAACCUGUAGCAUCGAAGAUUCCGGCUUUUGAUUCCCAUUUUCAUCUACACCGUUCACUAGGGAAAUUGGGAAUUCCACAUAACUCUGACGUCCAGACUGUUUUGGAUGUUGAUGUAGGGACCAGACCUCAAGUUGAAGUGGAUGUGGUUGGAGGAGUCAUCAUCUAUUGCCACCCAGAGACCUACCCGACAUCUUUCCCGGUUCAGGCUGAGUUAAGUGUCCCUGUAGGAUACAUCCCCGGAGAGUGA